UUGCGGCAAACGAAGACCAGAAAAAAGUAUACAAUAAAUCGAUAUAAGUUAUCGUUAUCAAACGGUCACCCUAAAAAUUUGCUAGAAAUUGGGGGAGGUGCAGAAAGACGCUUUAACGAUUUCUUUUCACCAGUUUUUCAAACUCAUCUAAACGAACGAACCAAUAACCACACAUCAGCUGAUCUCAGCGCAUCGGAAUCGGACGACAGGCGAAAACCCUAUCACAUCAGACCGACAGAAUCGAGUCCAGACGAGAAUCCCUUCGAGAAAAUGGCUCACACACAUCUGGGACGCGCCGUGAAAAACAUUGAGGCGCCACGCCCACUAAAGACACAGUCACGCUCGUCGCUAAAGAAUAGCUACCUGGUGAUUGAGGAGCUGAUUCAGUUGAUUGACAAUGUCACCGUGGGUCUGCAGUCGUGCAACACCACACCGGACUCGAUAACGCUGCUCCUUCACAACCUGAGGGUUCACGGGCCGCAGCUGGAGGCCUUGUCCAAGGAUACGCUUGAUCGGGCCUUCGUCGUGUUUCGCAAUGCUUCGCAGGACGAACGCCUUAACAUAACGACGCGCCUUAAACUCCUCGAGCUAAUUGAGCUGCGUGCCAAGAGCUGGGAGCAUGACGACACAAUCGCCUACUACAAGUCCAAGCAGCAAGUCUCUAACGUAGAGCUUCCAUCGGAACCGUAUCCGUACGAUGCCGGCGGACAGCCUGGCGGAUUUCUUAGCACCUCCCCCACAUUCGGCGUCAGCGGCGGUGUUGGCGGAGUUAAUGUGGGUGCCGCCGCCGCUGCCGCCGCUUUCAAUGUCGCCUCAGCAGCCGCCGCCGCCCAGGCAGCGGCCAUUGCAGCCGUCGGCACACCCAACCAGCAGCACCUGCUGCUGCCACCCGGUGAGGUCAUUCGUAACUCCGGCAAGUUCCUCAAGCCGACAAAGAUUCCCGGCAAGACAUAUUGCAAGGACGAAGUGGUAAUCCGCAAUGCGGACUCCGGAAAGGUCAUGGGUAUCAAGGGUCGCCGCGUGCACAUGAUCGAGGAACUUAGCGAAACAAUAAUAUCGUUUCAAAGAGUUAACCCCGGCGCCAAGGAGCGAUUGGUGCAGAUCACUGGUCCAGCUGAAGAUAAAAUAAACUACGCCAAACAACUAAUGGAGGAUACUAUUAGACGAAACGCUUCCCCGGUCCGCUUGGAACCCGCUCCAGCCGCUGGGGGAUCCUGCUCCUCACUGAACUCUUCCAAUUCAGAUGACGCCGUCGUGCAGCCGAGAACUCCGGGAGGCAGCGGAUUGGCCAACCGGCUAAGCUUCAACUCGGCCCAGAACUUUAUGACCGCCACGGCUGCUGCACAGCAGAUCUCGCAGCACCACCAACAGCAGCAGCAGCAGCAACAUCAGCAGCAGGUUGCCGCAGUGGCCGCCGCAGCGGCAGCAGCAGCGGCUCAGGCGCAGGCAACGGCUGCUGCCGGUAAAGUUUUGCGACCAAAUCAGCAGCUGUUAAUGCACUCAUAUUCCACAAACGAUGCUUCCGUAGGUGAAUACAAGUUCACGGUCAACGUGGGCCAGCACCUGAUCAAGAUAACCGGUGACUGCUGUGAGCUAGUGCGCGUGGCCAAGCUCGUCCUGGAUGACUAUUUCAGCAGCUCGGAGUUCUUGGCUUCCAUUGAGGCUGGCGCUGCCUUCGAUGGAACCUCUUUGGUAAGCCCGGUGACUACCCCAUCGACUCCGCUUCCCGGCGCUGGGCCGCCGCAAUUCAUGCUGCCUCUGGCAGAUAGUGGCAUUGGACUGAACUACGUCGCCUCGUCCAACAACAACGGCGACGUUGAGGACGAGGUGUUUGAGCCGAACAAUGGCGGAACAUCGUCGGCUAGCAAUGGGCUGGCCAGGUCGCGCCGCAGCCACUUUUCGCGCAAGGAGUCCACGCCAGAGACGAAGUCAGCUCGCGAAAAGUUUGAGGUCGAAGAGCUGGCCGUCAAUAAUCCACUGAAGACAAACUCAUCACGCGUUACUUACGAUAUUGAACACUUGAUCUACUUCUCGAAAAGUCCCCAUGCUUGGGCCCUGCCCACCGACUGGCAGAGAAUGCUGGAAAAAACUCCGUCUAUUCUCCGUAAUAAGGAUCUGCAGGAUGAGAGCCAACGCUUCGAUGGUGACAAGUAUUUGGCUAGCAUUAAGACUGCUACCAAGCGAGACAUUGUGGCAGCUGACGAAGCUGAGACCCUGGAUGAGUAACUGAGACCGACAGGUGUUCGUUCCACACUGACAAUAUAGAUAAUUCACACUACAUUAUCAAUGUUCGGCGCAAGGAGACUCAGUUUAUCCAUCCUUCAAUGCUUUUAGCACUAGCUUCACCACCUAACAAACGCAAAAACAAAACGACCAAAAAAAACAAAAAAAUCAAAAUAAUUAAAUUUAUUGAAAAAAACAAAUAUUGAGUAAACUCAAUGAUAAACUAACCCUAGAGAUUAGAAACGACAAACAAUCAAAUCUUUCAAAAUAACUAGAAAAUUCAACGAAGCUCUUAGUUAAGUUCAAUCGAAAUGGGAACGAAAGUUUCCAAUAUUUACUAAUUUUUAUAAAAAAAAAAAAAAGGAAAGAAAAUGCAGCUAUCUGGACAGGCUCGAAGCAAUUGUUGCGAAGCGGCCAAGUCUGAAAUGGCCUGAAUUAAAUGAAAUGCAUUUUUAGUGACUCAAUAGAGAUUGAAACAUUUUUUAUUUGAAAUUAGUUUCUCAUGUUUCUUAAAAAAAAACUUUGUUUCGCCCAAAAACCAAACGACCAAACAAUUCUCAAAACUGAAAAGAAAAUGUAUUAAUUCAUGUGUGUUUUUAUUAUUUAGAUUUCUUUUUGAAACUUGCUCUGAAUAUCAUUUUCAAGAUUUUCAAUUGUAUUUUUGUUUUCUCUAGUCUAUGCAUCAUACUAUUUUUUAUCAAAUUUUGUUUCGAUUCAAUGUGAGAGGAUAUAACAAACGAAAACAACACCAAAAUUCUUUGAAUUUCUGUUUAUGAUUUAGUUAAUUUAUUUAAUUUAUUUUGUAAAAAAAAAUACAAAUCAUAUAUUCUUCAAAAAUAUAUUCGCAAGGAAUAAUAAAAUGGAAUCAAGAUCAAAAAUGGA